CCGGGACUCCAGUCCAUGUGAACCCAGAGAGUGCUGUAAUAACACACAGGAGACAAACUGACUGACUGACGGGGAUUUUUGUGCGCUGGUUAUUUUUAUUCUGCAUUUGUGUUUGCACAGAUUUGGAAAAGAUCUUGACUUUUUUUUUUUUUUAAAGAGAGAACCGACCUUGUGCUGCUUUUUAUCCUGGGACUUUUCAGACUGGACAUUGUAAAGAAGAAGAAUAAGAAGAAGAACAAGCAGCAGCGCUUAAAAAAAAGACAGAACUCAUAUUAGGGUUGUGUUUUGAACCAAGACUCAGUGCUGCUCUGAUUGAAGCGCACACACACACACACCUGACUGACUCAGGUAAAGGUAAGCCCCAAAGCCUCAACUCUUCAUCACGCCUCUUAUGUCCACAAAAAUGGAGCAGCCUUUUUACCAUGACGACUCUUUUCUGUUGGGUUACGGCCACGCGGACGCCGCGCUGCACGACUACAAGCUCCAGAAGCAGCAUCAGCAUCAGCAGCAGCCCAUGAGCCUGAGCAGCCUGAGCGAGCCCUACCGCAGCCUCAAGUCCGACCCGGUGUACCACGCGUCUCAGGCGGACGUCGGGUCUCUGAAGCUGGCCUCUCCGGAGCUGGAGAGGCUGAUCAUCCAGAACAGCAACGGGGUGCUGACCAGCCCGACACCGCCGGGUCAGUAUCAUCUCUACGGCCACCGCUCCAUCACAGACGAGCAGGAGGGCUUCGCGGAGGGCUUCGUGAAGGCGCUGGACGAGCUGCACAAGAUGCACCAGCCCCCGCCCAACGUGUCGAUCGGAGCGGGCGGGGUGACGACGUGCUCGGUGGCGGCUCCCUCGGCGUUCGGCUCCGCCCUGCAGCCAGAAGCUCCAGUCUACACCACGCUCAAUCCUUACUGCCCGAGCCUCGUCUCGUCCACUACAGCCACCUCGAGCUACCCGUCAGCCACCAUCAGCUACCUGCCUCCUCCGGCGCACGCAGACGCGUACCAGAACCCUCUGGCUGGUGGCGUCCAUCCCGCACAACAGCAGCAGCAGCAGCAGCGCUUCGUGCCUCUCAAAGAGGAGCCGCAGACGGUGCCGGACAUGCACAGCAGCGACGGCACGCCGCCCGUCUCUCCGAUCGACAUGGAGAGCCAGGAGCGCAUCAAGGCGGAGCGCAAGCGCCUGAGGAACCGACUCGCCGCCACCAAGUGCCGCCGGCGCAAACUGGAGCGCAUCGCGCGUCUCGAGGACCGCGUCAAGGUGCUCAAGUCGGACAACGCGGGUCUCUCGAGCACCGCGUCGCUCCUGCGCGAGCAAGUGGCGCAGCUCAAGCAGAAGGUCCUGCGGCACGUCAGCAGCGGCUGCCAGCUCAUGCUCACCAGCAAGAUGGAGGCUUUCUGAAAACAACCGCACCACACCACACACACACUCUUUAUUCACUAACACUCAAAACACUGGAAAGCUCGUCAAUGGACACUCAUUCACGUCCAAGAAUGGACAUGAUGACAUUCUGAGCUUCAAGACGCGCCGAAACAUAAAUCAAUCAAUAAACAAAACGGUACGGUUGCCGGACACCGUUCACUAGAUUGAGGCGACUGAGAAACACAAGAGCCAUGUGGGCUCGAAAGACUGAGUGACCAGGCCAGUAAAGCCUUCUCCAGGCCAAUAAUGUCAUGAUCAAAGGGAGAUUUGUAUGUUUAGUAGCCUAUGACGUCACCUGAUACUGUCAUUUUUUUUCUAAAUGUGUAAAUUAUUUGUUUUGUUUUGUUUUUUCAAGUCAGGUUGAUCCUGACUUAAUGUUUUAACUAUGUCAUGUUUACAAUGUCAUUUUUUAUUUGUUUUAUUUAAGUAAAAAGAACACAUUGGAAUAUA